AUGGCCACCACAACUGGGGCGAGCAAACGCGGGCCGUCCGUGCUGGUCACCGAUUCCCGUGAACGUUCAUCCGCAGGACGCAAUCUCUCUGCCCACCGCGUAAGCUUUAAUGGCCCCGCAUCACCGCGAGAUCGCGCCUCAACCCGAUUAAUAUCCGUCGACAAUGUUCUCCAGUACGCUUCCCAGAUACCCUCUGGGCAGGCGCGCGAUCCGCCCGGUCGAAGACCUCCUCUACCUCCACAGCGACGCACAACGGGAGGGGCGAGCAUCGGGGCACGGAUAACGCAGCAGAGCAUGCCGGGGCGAAGUACGAAGGUCAGCGAAAAACUAGUACUUAUCCCCGAGACCGUGAGCGAGAAGGAUGAAGUAGACGACGGGCCCAAUGAAUACGGAAUGGUAUUAUUACAGGAAGGGGAAGAGGGACCGCUGAGGGAUGAUGAGCUGGAUACAUGGAAGACAGGGGGCGGUAUCCGGGGGAAGAGUUACGCGGAGCGGUUGCCCAAGGCGAAGAGGACGGAUAAGGUCGCGAGGGUUACGGCGUAUUGUACUGCGCAGGGAUAUAAGACAAGUUCGACGGCUGCGUUUGUGAAGGAGCAACAUGGGGCGAAGACGAAGUUGUAUGAUGAAUGUCUCUAUACGGUUUACCACCUUCCAUUGCUACCUGGGACGGAUGGGUUCCGGGUUAGGAGCAGUCCUAUUCUGAAGAGUCCGGGCGGGAAAGCAGUGCUUGAUGAGGAGAUUGAGCGGAGUGAAAGAAGGGAUUACCAUGAGGGCUAUUUCGAGGACACGGACACAUAUGGCGUCCGAGGCGGCGAAGAAACGCCCCAUGAUGAAAAUGAAGAAGAAAGGAUAGCACGCGAGGAGGAGGGCCGUCGAAGUAGAGAGCAGAUACGUGCCCUAGAACAAGGACAAAGAAUGGAUAGUCCUAACCGACGAGCGCCUGACGCAACAAAAUUCGCCGAGAUGUUCGUUUUCUCCUACGGCGUCGUCGUCUUCUGGAACUUCACCGAACGGCAAGAAAAAGAUAUCCUGGCCGACAUAACCUUCUCGGAGCGCGACACGGGCAUAUCCCUCGCCACACGGCCGCUGGACGAAGAAGACUUCGAGACUGAGGAGAUGCAUUUUGAGUACAGUCCACUGGUCGAGCGGCCGAGGAUAUUCAACGAUAUGAUUACCCUGCGCAGCGGAGACCAUAUGAUUAAGCUUGCCAUGAGCCAUGCUAUAGCGCAGAGCACUAAGCUGAGUUACUUCGAGGAAAAAAUGUCUGAGACCAUGUUAGACGCUCAGCAUGUUCCUAGACACCUUGCUCUCACGGGACAGCUCGGCCUGUCGAGACCCGAAAUUGUCAAGAUCUUAGGCCGACUCUUCAAGAGCCGUGUAGAUGUUAAUCUUUCAUCUACCAUACUCGACGUCCCCAACUUCUUCUGGGACUCAGAACCCACACUCCACCCGCUCUACAACGCCAUCCGCGAGUACCUCGAGAUUGGCCCCCGCAUCAAAGUCAUGAAUGAGCGCUGCCGCGUCUUCCUCGAACUCGCGGAAAUUCUCAGCGACAGCAUUGCAGAUUCGAAGAUGAGUAACAUCACGUGGAUUAUCAUCCUGCUUAUUGCUGUGAGUAUAGUCGUUACUGUUGCGGAGGUAGGAUUGCGAUUCGGGAUGUUGACGAAAGGGAAGGGCGAAGACGCCGUGGGUGUAAAGUGGGCUUCUGCGCUCAAGGGCAGGAAUUUUUCGAGGACGGAUUUCGAUGACAAGCAGUUGAGGGAUAUCUGUGGGGUGCAGGUUUUGGGGGAGUGGUCGGUGGACUUGUAA